AACACUUGCAAAACUACGUUGCUGUCUGCCAGGAAUCUGGGGCUUCGGUUGACAGCUGGCGAAAUGAAACAUUCUGUCCUAUGAAGUGCCCAAAGGACAGUCAGUAUGAGCUCUGUGCUGACACCUGUUCCACUACCUGUGCCAGUCUAACUACACCUCAGAAGUGCUCACACUGCCAGGAGGGAUGUGAGUGCGUGGAUGGAUUUGCAUUUGACGCAGGGACAUGUAAGCCAUUUGGAAAAUGUGGAUGUGUGGCUGAUGGACGAUAUUAUAAGUCUGGGGAGGCGGUGGUGAGGGAAGACUGCACGGAGAACUGCACCUGUGUAGAUGGUGUGUUUUCAUGCGAGCAAACACAGUGCACAGCAGAACAGGUCUGUGAUAUCAGGGGAGGAGUAAGGAACUGCUAUCAACUGGACCCUUGUGAGGCAAAGAAGUGUCGUGAAAAGGAGAGGUGCGUCACGAAUGGCACCAAUGUCCAGUGUGUGGCAGAGUCCAAGGCUACCUGCUGGGUCAUGGGGGAUCCACACUACCGGAGCUUCGAUGGAAAGCUUUUCUCUUUCCAGGGCUCGUGCAUAUACACCCUGGUUCAGACGACAGGUCUGGACGACACCCUGACUCCUUUCAGCAUUGAGACUGAAACCAAGAUGGAAAAUCUGCACAGAGGUUCCUACUUAAAGACCGCAACCAUCAGCAUUGAAGGUGUCAAGAUCGUUGUUGUCUAUCAGGAUCCUGGCACAGUGGUGGUUGAUGGCUCCACUUUUAAGCUCCCUCUUACUCUCAAGUCUGGGAAAAUCAGAAUUACCCAGAAGUCCUACCAGGGUUUCAUCAACACAGACUUCGGAGUGGAUAUUGUCUUCGACUGGGGGGAGGUCUUACAGGUCACUGUGCCUAGCAGCUACCACAACAAUCUUGAGGGCAUGUGUGGAACCUACAACGGUGACCAGGCAGAUGAUUUCUCCAUGCCCGAUAGCACCCCCCUCACUGACCUUACCAAGUGGGCAGAAGCCUGGAGCCUCCCUGAGUCCAACAGCACCUGCUGGCACUCCUGCCAAGGUCAAUGCCCAGUCUGUACAGCAGAGGACGAGGCGCUCUAUAAACAGAAGGAUUACUGUGGCGAGAUCGGAGAGAAGAACGGUGCGUUCUCCGCCUGUCAUGCCAAGGUCCUGCCAGGGAAGCUGCUAGAUGACUGCCUUUACAACAUGUGCAUCCACGACGGAGACCAGGGGAUGCUCUGCAGGGUCAUGACCAAUUAUGCCAAAAUCUGCCAGAUCAACAGUGCAGAAAUUUCUAAACAGUGGCUGAAGACACUCGACUGCUAAGUCUGAAGAGAAGGGGCUGAGUUGCUGAAGAAGAUACUGAAGGGAACCAGAAGAGUUAUCUCUACACAGAAACCAAACUACAGCAUCAGCCAAGAAUACCACCGCAGCAAUUUUGCUCUCAUCCAGUAAAUGAGUAAAAAAGAUAUAUCCGUCAAAGUAAAAAGCCACAUAACUAAGGCUAUGUAUCAAUAUCAUGUAUUCCAAUUCAUAUAAUACUACUUAUUUGUAAUGAAAUAUAAUCACAUGCAUCACAAAGUGUAAUGACAUGUACCACUUCUCUAUCUAUAUACAAUAAACAUGUUGCAUAAUAAUUCUGUUUGAAUCUUUUCAUUUGUUUGUGGAGAUCGGUAUUUUAAGACUUCAUUGCCCCAGCAGUAACUGUGAACAACAAUAAUGUAUUUUAAGCAAUUUAUUUCACAUCGUUCUUUUUGUGUGUAUGUGUGUGAAUUAAAAAUAUACGUCGACAAGAACUAGCUCAUUUAUGUCACUUG